AUGGGGGACAGGCAACCGCAUUUGAACGGUGCCUACUACGGACCAUCGAUUCCUCCGCCGACAAAAACCUCUCACAGCCACGGCAGACGCGGCGGUGGAUGCUGCUGCUUAGGUGACUGUCUCGGCUGUUGCGGUUGCUGCAUCUUAAGCGUCAUCUUCAACAUCCUCAUAGCCCUAGCUGUUGUCAUAGGCAUAGCCGCUUUGAUCAUCUGGCUAAUUUUCCGACCAAACGCCAUCAAGUUCCACGUCACCGACGCUAAACUCACUCAGUUCACACUCGGCACGGACAACAACCUCCAAUACAAUCUAAACCUCAACUUCACGAUCCGAAACCCUAAUCGACGUAUCGGUGUUUACUAUGAUCAGAUUGAGGUCAGAGGCUAUUAUGGUGAUCAGCGUUUUGGAGCUAGUAACAUCUUGCCGUUUUACCAGGGACACAAGAACACGAGUGUGGUUGGAACUAAUCUCGUGGGACAGAAGUUGGUGGUGCUUAACGGUGGAGAUAGGAGGGAUCUUGAGGAGGAUGUGAAGUCAGGGAUCUAUAGGGUUGAUGCUAAGCUGAGACUUAAGAUUAGGUUUAAGUUUGGUUUGAUCAAGUCGUGGAAGUUCAGGCCAAAGAUUAGGUGUGAUCUCAAGGUUCCGCUCGGUUCCUCUAAUUCAACGAGCGGGUUUCAGUUCCAGCGGACCAAGUGUGAUGUUGACUUUUGAUGUUAUUCAAAGUCAAUGUCCUUAUUUCCAUUUGUAUACACUUAUUUAUUUAUUUGGUUUAGAUUUGCUUUCUUCAUUUUUUAUGUGAUAUCGUUGGAGAGGUAUAUGGCUUGUGUAAUAAUCAUUUAUCGUAUGGUUCGAUGUAAAUAAAAUGUUUAUGUUUAUAUUUACGUUUGCUAAAUUCAUAAAUGCACGUUA